AUGGGGAACCAGGUCCCAACAGAAAGUAACAUGGGCAAUAACCUUAGAUGCUGCAAAUGUUAUCAAGUCUUGCCUCCAUGCAAAUCAUUCGAUGACUUUUACAAAACUGAGGUUCAUGGUCAAGUCGUAUAUGUGUACAAUGGAGGUAAAUACUACAGACCAGUUGGUCACGAUGACGCAUAUGAGUGUGAAUAUUGCUUUAAUAAGCCAAAGAGAGAUCAAGAGGAAAUGAGGAGAAGAGAGGAGGAGAGAAGAAGAGAGGAGGAGAGGAGAAGAGAGGAGGAGAGGAGGAGAGAGGAGGAGAGGAGAAGAGAAGAGGAGAGGAGAAGAGAGGAGGAGAGGAGAAGAGGAGAGGAGAGGAGAAGAGAGGAAAAGAGGAGAGAGGAGGAGAGGAGAAGAGAAGAGGAGAGGAAGAAAGAAAAACUGAAUCAAAGACUACAAGAAUCUCACCAACGAGCCAAAGAGCAGCUUGAGAAACAAUUGAGCAGCUACAUUUCUCAGGAAUAUGAAUCCAAGCGAGAUGCUCUAAUAUGGCAUCUGGAUGACUUUAAAGCUAAUGAUGAAUCAGGUAGUGGCAGUGAUGAGCUUCUUGAAAUUCUUUCUACAAAAUGCAGUGUUGAAGUUUUGAGUCUCAGUCUCACUGAGCUGACAGCUGAUCAGCUCAGUGAGAUCCUUUCAGUCCUGAACAAACUUCUGUUUGAUGAGUGGAUUAGUGCUCCCCCAUCCAUCAGCACUCUGCAGCACACUCAGGUGUUCAUCACAGAGCUCUGUGCUCUGUCUCUGGAGAUAUCUGAAGGAGUUUCCUUACACACCGUCUCCAAUCAUAUGCAGUCCCUUUUAGGAUCCAUCAGCCAAUCAGCAAGUGGUGUUUUUGAGAGUUUCCUCUUGACUCAAGCCCUGUAUCUGAACCUGAUGCACUUUUUCAAUGACAGCGGAAGAUCUGAUAGUGAUGCCGGCUUCGUAGCCAAACAAUGGGCAAAAUAUGAGAUUUCCACUGAGAACCUCUUUAUAAUUGAAUUCCUGAGCACCCUUACAUCAUCACUGCAGAGUACAAUUGGAAGAGCCUCUGUGUUCACUUUAAAGAUGGAAAUCCAGUGUUUGAAGCUUCUCUUAUCCACACUCACAGAUCUAAAUGGAAAAGAAGCCCACUCAAAAUCUACUGAAAUGCUCCUCAAACUUGUGCAAAUGAACCAAUGGACUCCAAUGGAGGCAGUCACUCUGCUUAAAGCACUGUCACAGAAAUAUGCAGAUGAUGAUUCCAUAACUGAAAUCCUUACCUUGGUACAAGUGUAUGACAUACCACCAGAUUGGAUAGAUGACUGUGGGCACUCUCUAAUCCAGCUCCUUGAAUCUGCUGCCCCUGAGAGAUUUUGUCAGGAUUUCCAAAAGACUCUAAGAGGAAAAGAUGAGAGCAGUGUAACUGCAGUUUUAGCAGAAGUACAAAUGUUGUGGAAUUUGGGUGACUCUGCCAUUGAUAUGAUAAAAAACAUUAAAACUGGUGUCCUGAAAUAUACAGAAAAUAUACCAAAAGAAGAAUCUUUUAUGAAAGAUUCAUUUAAAUGUGAAUCUUUGAAUGCAGACAACAUACAGAAGUGUCUGUGUCAGCUCUGCAAAGCAGUGUUUGAUAUAAAAGGCUGGUGGCCCACAGUGAGGCAGAUUGUGCGGUGGUGUGGACUGGUGCUGACUCAGAAAAGUAGAGUGGUACAACUGGUUGGUGUGGAAGAAGACCCAUGUGUUACAGCCAUGUUUGCAGCCAUGCAAGUCUGCUUGGGAAACAAACUGGACAUUGUGCUGAGCUCUGAUGUUCACUCAGAGGAGCAAACAAAGGAGUGGUCUGACUUCUACAAGCAACUUGACAUUUCACUCAACACAAACACGAAGAAGACUGAUCCAUCAUUCCAGGAUGUCUAUGAAGCAGACAUUGUUUAUGGUACAAUGGAUAAUUUUGUGUCAGAUUAUGUUCAACGUGGCAUAGAGGCAAUGGAAACAGGGAACCCACAGUUAAAUCGUGGAUUCAUUAUAGAAAAACAAAGUCUCAGUGCUCUGCAUGCUCUGGAGCUUUCAAGACUCAAAGACGAUGACUCUCUGGUGUUUGCUGCAGAGGUCCUGCAGAACCUCAUGAGUAAAUUUCACAGUGAAGAUGUGGGACUGAUACACAUGUUUAUUAAGGCCCUUUUUCAGGUCCUUCACAGUAUCCUAAACAAAGACACAAUCACUGACAAUAAAAUCAUCACAAUCUCAAAGAAAAUCACCAGAAAGGAAUUGCUUUUUAAUGAGAUCUUCAUUUUGACCUUUCUGGAGAAUCUGAUGAAAAGUUUUGUUAGAGAAACAGAAACCGUUAAAAACAUGACAGAUCCUGCAGGCAAAUGGUGUUUGGAGAUUUUAUUUGCCUGUGUGGAACAAUUUCAAGACUCAAAAAAAGAUACCAAAGGAGUUUUUGAGAUGGUUUCAAAUCUUGGAGAACAAAGACUUUGGUCACCAGUAGAGGCCUUAAAGUUUCUUGAAGCAUUAACUAUACACCAUCAUGAUAAAAGCUGUAUUUCCAUCAUGAAGAUUUUACAUUUGGUGGAAACAUAUCAGGUUUCUUCCAAGUGGAAAGAUAAAAACAACAACUCUCUCCUUGAGCUCAUAGAUUCAUGCACAAGUAAGAAUCUGAUCCAGCAUCUAGACAAGAGCCUUAAAGAUGAGAAAACUGAAAGCAUUGACAACCUUUUUUAUGAAAUACGGCAGAUGAAAGAAAUUGACGAACAAACACUGAGUAAAUCAUACAACAUAGUAACUCAUGUAACAAACCUCAUCAAAACUGGUGAAAUUAAAAAACACAAAGACAUACAGCAAGCUAGGACUCUGAGUCACAGCAUGGAGACAGAGGACCUUCAGGAAGUUCUUGCAGUCUUAUGCAAUGCUGUACACCUCCACAAAGCUGAAAGGAAGUGGUUUCCCAGGGCAACUCAGAUGAUAAGCUGGUGCCUGUUGGCCUUGUCUGACACUGGGAAGCUCCUGGAGAUGGGAACUGGAGAAGGGAAGUCUUGUGUCAUAGCGAUGUUUGCAGUGCUGCGUGUGCUUAGAGGUGAAAAGGUGGAUGUGGUGUCCAGCUCCUCUGUGUUAUGUCAAAGAGAUGCUGAAGAAUGGGCCAAAUUUUACAAAUACUUUGGCAUUACAGUCGACACAAACACAAAUAAAAAUGAGGAUAAAUAUCGGAAAGAGUGCUAUCAGAAGGACGUGGUCUAUGGAACCAUUGAAGCCUUUGCUGCUGAUCACCUUCGCCAAAUAUUUGAGAUGAAGGAUGUGAGGCCUGAUCGUAACUUUCAGUGCAUCAUUAUUGAUGAAGUGGACUCACUGCUGCUGGAUCAGGGAGUGCAGCUGACAUACCUGUCCAGCCCCAUGGUCUCCAUGCAGCACCUGAACAUUAUUCUCACCAUGAUCUGGAGCCACGUCAGUCAGUAUGGCUUCCUAUCUACAGGACACCAGACAUUUGUACGAGGUCCUCCUGCUUCAUUCUUCAAGGCCAUCUUUGACUCAAUGGACACAGAAGACACUGAAAUUAGUGAUCCAAUGGACAUUUUAGGUAUUGCUGAAGAAUCCAACAUUGUGCCAAAAGGAUUUUCAGAAGAUAUCUACAAGAGUGAAAACCAUGAACUUCUCAGUAAACUGAAAACAGUGAGUCAGGAUGCUAUGGUUGACUUUUUCAAAGAAAUUGAGGACUAUGUGCCUUACGGCUUUACUGUUUACACGCUAGAUGACAAGGGGCUGCUCUGUCUUCAAAAGUGCAGUCCAUACAAUGACCGGGACAUCCCAGAGCUUUCAUUUCUUGUCUUGGAGGAAGGAUUGUGUUGUCCUCUCUAUAAGUCAGAAGAAGUUCUCAUUAAGCCCAUUGCAGAAUUGAUCUCUGAGAUGAUUCAGUACACCCCAUGUGAAAACAAUAAAGCAAACAAUAAAAUCAGCAUUCCUGGUUUCUUAAAGAAUCUGGUGGAGAAGAAAGUCUCAGUGUGGGUUCAGAAUGCCUUUCUGGCAAUGUUACUGAAACAAGGACGAGAAUAUGUCGUAGAAAAUGACAACGUCUGUCCAGUGGACUUCAGAUCCACUGGUAUUGUUGAACUGAAUAAGAAAUGGGGUGAUGGUCUGCAGCAGUUUGUGGAGAUUAAACACCAAGUCAAACUGAGCACAAUUUCAACAGUGACAAACUACAUUUCCAACGUUUCUUUUUUUGAGAAAUACCAGGGAAAAAUAUACGGAACAACAGGAACACUGGGGAGCAAAGCACACAUUCAGUUUUUGCAGGACCUGUAUCCAAAUCUCUCUGUGUGCAAAAUACCAACUUUCAACAGAAAAAAGUUAUUUGAGGUCAAAGGUACUCUGAAAAAAACUGCUGAAGAAUGGAAAUCUGAAAUAAAACAUGUGGUCACAGCUCAGAUUUCCCCAAAUUCAUACAGAGAUGGAAGAGCAGCGUUGGUGAUCUGUGAAACUAUCAACAAAGCAAAAGAGAUCUACGAAGAGCUGAAGAGCAGCAUCCCAGGUGAAAUCAUUCUCUACUGCCGCAGUGACAGAGACAGUUUGAGUAAAAUAGACAAGGAGCUUGAUCCUGGUGAUGUCAUUGUUGCCACAAACCUUGCCGGCCGUGGCACAGACAUAAAAGUGUCCCCAAAGGUGAACAAUAAUGGAGGGUUAUUUGUGAUCCUCUCCUUCCUUUCUGAAAAUACGAGGGUGGAACUCCAGGCUUUUGGACGAACUGCACGCAAAGGUAAACCUGGAUCUGCUCAGAUAAUCAUUUCCACUGAACACCUGCAGCCAUCUUUCAGUACAGUGUCCUCUCUGGAGGAAGCCAAGAGCACAAGAGACCGACUUGCAGCAGAAAAGAUAAGUCACAUGAUGAAUGAUGUUGCUGAGAUGAAACUGCGGGAGGACCUUUUUUCAGAAUACUGUGAAACACUUCAACAUAUUUAUAACACCACUGAUGGAGACGAGGAAAGAGCUGUUGUUGCCAUCAUGAAUGAGUUCUGGGGGAUUUGGCUGCAAACUAAAUCAGAAGAAAUUGAUCAGUUGAAGAGAAAUGAACUGCAAGAGAGUCUGAAAGCUGAUUUGUCAAAGGCAAAAAGUCAGUGUCAAAGUCAGACUUCACCAAGUUCCAGCAUUUAUCACUACAUCAAGUUUGGAAAUAUUGCACUGGAUGAAAAAAAGUGGGAUAUUGCAGCCAGACUGUUUGAAAAAGCCAUGACAGAGGAUAAAAGCUGGGCAGCUGUAGCUUUUUACAAUCAUGCAUACUGCACUAUACAACAAAAGAAAUCAGAUUACCUCACUAAGGCCAUAGAUGAUCUAACAAAGGCACAGGAAUCUUUGAAGUUUCCCAAUGAGGAACUAAUUGUCUGUCUUCAGUUUGUAAAAAUGUCCUCUGCUGACUCAUCCAACAGCAACACAACCAGCCUGGAAAAACAGUUAUCAACCAGGUCCACAAUGUAUAGCUACUUUGAUAAAAGCAUUACUGAGGCUAUCCAAAAGUUACGAGAAAUAAGAGAGAAAGGGAGGGAUGGAAUGGCUCAAAAAUCUCCGACGUUCUCACUAUUUUCAGAUGCUGAUGAAGAUCUCCAAGUUGAAGCUCACAAUCUCUACAGUCGAGGUCUGAAAUAUGUAUUUUCUGUGGAAGAAAAACCUCGUUUCUCAUGGGAAGGUCUUCUGGUGUUCUUUCUUGGAGUUUUACAGAUUGUUGGAGGAGCACUGCUCACUGCAUUUACAUUUGGAACAUUUGCUCAAGUUGGAAUGGGACUCAUUAUUGAGGGAAUAUCAGACUGCAUCACUGGUAUUGAGGCCAUGGUGACAGGAGAAUUCAGCUGGAAGUCAUGGGCUAUAGACAAAGCCAUUUCUAUUGGAGUGUCUCUCAUUGGGUUUGGAGUUGGAAAGCUGAUUUCAAAGGGCUUCAAAUGUUUUAAAACCUUAGUUAAAUUUGGCAAACAACUUAAGUCAAUGCCAAAAUUUCUCUCUAGACAAGCUAAAGAUGGCUUCAGUAAUGUUUUAAUGACAAAUAUGAAGAAUGCUGUAAAACACACAGCUAAAAAAAUUGCAGAAGAACUCAUC